UAUAAGCAAAAAUGCAUAUUUUAAAACAUAUAGAAAAGAAAUACUUAAUGAAGAAUUAUCAAAUGUUAGCAUUGAAGAUCUAUUGUGUCGUUUAGUAUUUUUUCGGAAAUCUCGUUCGUUAUGUCGAAAUUUGAUUUAUGCUACAUGUGGUAUGUAUUGUAUAAUCAAUACGUAUUAUUUUUUCUUAAUUUAGUCAUUUUUAUUAACAAAGGCAUAGCGCAGUUGAAAAAUAUUUCCGCUCUUUGGUACAUUGUUAUGUUAAAUGGUGCAGGUGGCUUUAUUCAGCGAUUGAGGGUAACUCUAGGAGAUUCAAACCGAUAUUUUAUACAGGGAGGUGCAAUGAAUAUAGCUAGAUUAUUGACAAAAAAUAUUAACAAAGAAAAUCAAAUUCAUUGCCACGAAUCAGUCAAUAAAAUCCAAUUUAAUGAUGAUCGAGCAUAUAUUUGGACAAAUAAAGGGCAUUAUAAAUGCGAUUAUGUAAUUCUUGCCGUUCCUCCACUUGAAAGCUCUAAAAUUACCGUAGAACCUCAUUUACCUUUGAAUAUAACAAAAGCUCAAUCUUCAUAUGAUAAAGAAACAAAUGUUUUCUUUAACGCAAAGAGUUCACAGUUAAUUGAGUCGAAUAAUUUGACUAAAAAUAUAAUAGGAAUUACAAAUUAUAAUAUGAAUCUUAGAUUAGCAUACGAUGCCACUAUUAAUAAAGAUAAUGAAUUUCAUGUUUCUGGAUUUUUAUCAAAAACAAAUAUAAAUUCUGAUAUGAAAAUGAAUCUCUUAUCUAUCUUAAACAAGUGUUUUACAAGUAAUAUUGAACUUGAAGAUUUGACGGAAACAAGUUGGAGAGUAAUUCCUGGAGGAAGUCCAAUGAAUGUACCAAAACCGGGAUGCUUAAAACAUCAUCUUAAUUUAUUAUCAGAAUCUCAUGGACGAAUAUUUUUUGCUGUCAGCGAAUAUGCUAAGAAUUGGCCCGGUACUAUUGAUGGAGCAAUUGAAGCCGGUAAAUCAGUAGCUUAUUCGAUUCUUGAACGUGUGAGACCGCAGUCGAUGAGUUCUUUAGAAUGGAAAUUACACAACUCUUUGCACAUACCACCACGUAUCAAUGAAUUAAAUAUUGGAAUUUAUUUAAUUCAUAAAAUUUGUUUCUGUCUUAAUUUCUUCGUUCUCUUAUCAUUUCUCCAAACUAACUACUUAUCAUCAAAGCUCAUGUAAUACCAAAAAU